GACAUGCACGUAGCCACGGUGCAAGUGGGCACUCCCCCGCAAAAAUUCUACGUAGUUUUGGAUACCGGUUCACCACAGAGGUGGCUGCUGUCAGCUAGCUCAAAUGAUCCUAACAUUAAAUCGCGGAAAAGGAAGUACAAGUCGAAGACAAGGAAACCCACAGAAACGACAGUUAGCGUCACAUAUAUGAGCAUGAAAAUUUUUGGACAGCUUGUUGAGGAUAAGCUGACUAUAGCUGGAUAUACCAUGGAUAACUUCAAGUUUCUGGAGGUAACUGAGAUGUCUCCAGCUCUUGAGAAGGAUGAAAAGUUUGAUGGUGUUUUCGGACUGGUUUUGGAUAUGACAUCUUUGGUGUUUCAUCCUACGCUACUUGGACUGAUGCAACAGUGGGGCCUGAUUGAAGAGUACUCUGUAUCAUUCCGAUUCUGUGGAAAGCAGUCUACAACUGGCGCAACAAUUUUCGAGAGAGGAGACGCAGUCUUUGGGGAUGUCCCGAACGAGUACCACUAUGGUCAUGUGGUUUAUCUGGCGACUACUCCUUCGCGGUUGCCCACAGUUUCGGUUACUCUCAUCCGGUUUGGAGACCUCGUGUUAUGUAGGGACUGUCAUGUGCUCAUCGAUACAGGCAGUUAUUACAUAAUCGGCCCGAAAGACCUCAUAAAGAAAAUUCACCUUCAAAUGACUUUUAGGGACGUCACUGAACGAGGAGUUUACGUAGAAUGCCGACAUAUUUAUACGUAUCCAGAACUUGAGGUAAUACUGGGUGGUACCACUUUCAGAAUACCAGCGGCUAAAUUAAUAAUGGAGGUUGUUCGUGGAAGGGAUCGAAAAUGCCUAUCAGGAUUUAUGCAAAAACCGACGUCUGAACAUUCAUGGAUACUUGGAAUGCCAUUUUUGCACAAUGUCUUGACAGUAUUCCAACCAAUGUAUCAGAGAAUUGGGUUUGCGAAGGUCAACUGCGACUCGCCUCCAAUCCAGUCCACAUCCGUGAAUUCUUAAGACGCUGAUGAAAAAUAAUGGCAAUUUGCAGUGCUUUCUGUUUGGACAAUAAAUGUUGGAAACAAA